AUGCAGGAAAAGUCAGGGGAUCGAACAGGUGGAAAAGAACUUAGCUCUAGGUUGUCCUUAAUAAAAGGCAGCACCCCGCAUCCCUGCAGUAAGGGUGCAUGUAACCCUUUAACGCUGACCCUGAAGAAUCCAAAAAAAGGGGACAGCAGUGGCUCUCCAGGCUAUGGGAACUGCACCACUGUGCACUACCUGUUCCCAGAAGUGAAGCAGAAGGUGGUACCCCCAGCAUACAUGCCCUACAGAGGGAACUAUACCUGUUUCGCUAGGAGCACGGGGACCGUUGAGGUGGGUCAGUUGAAGUGGUGUGGAGACACCAUGGACGCAGAAAACACCUCAGACGGGUUCAAUUCCGGGUGGUUCAGCGAUCAGCGAGUUUCCAGGGCUGAUGUUUGGUGGAUGUGUGAUCCUAAGGUCUUAAGGUCCAAGCUUCCUAAGAAUUGGAGGGGAGGCUGUGCCCUGGUGCAGUUGGUGAUGCCACUAUAUGUGCUUCCAUUGGGUGGGGAGCCGGUGGGAAAGGAGACGGAUUCACAUGGCCGUGUUAAGCGAGCAGUCGCAGGCCCAUCGGGCUCUUUUGACCGACAUGUAUAUAUAGAUAACAUUGGAGUGCCCAGGGGGGUCCCUGAUGAGUUUAAAGCUAGAGACCAAAUUGCAGCUGGAUUUGAAACCGAUGGCCUCAUGCACAAUGACCGUACAGCAUGCUUACUGGCGCAAAUGCAGAAGAAAGAUGAGCGCCUUCAGGCUGAGGCCACUGCGCACUUCCGGAACCAGUUCCAGCAGCCCAGCAGCAGGCGUGAAUUUGACCUGAAUGACCCUGAUCUGUUAAAGAAGCAGGCUGGGGUGCGCAUAUUGCCUGGGUUGACAGGGGAGGACUUGUCCAGCAGGGAGAGGGCGAGGAGACAGCGAGAGCAGAUGAGGGACUGGACCCUACAGCAGCAACAGGAGCUAGAAGAGGCAAGGGAUUUGCAAAAAAUGGAAGAUCAGCAGUAUGAUCAAAGCCGAGUAGAGCUGGAUAACAAGGCUCUUGAACUGCAAAGUAUAGAGGAAGAGCUAAAGAAAACCACCAACAUUGCAGUCAAGGACUUCAACCAAGCUUUAGCAGCUGAAAAGCAAGAGCUGCGAGAAAAGGAGCGUCUCGAGGAAGAGGAGAACAAUAGAACGGAGAUCCUGAACCAUCUACAAGGGGAGCUGUUAAAUGAGAAGACCCAGUGGAACACAAGGGUGCCCGGGCUGCCGCAACCACGCAGGGACUGCUACAAAGGCAUGACACCUGAGCAGCUCCGACACUACACCGACUUUCAGCUGCAGCAAGCUGAGCAGAAGACGCUCAUUCGGAUGGAGCAGAAGGAAGAGCAGCUGCAGCAGGAUCGCAUACGUAUGGCUUCAGCUCGUGCCCUGUUGUUGCAGGAGAGACACCAGGCCCGAAUAAACAAGGAGCUGCGCAGAGCUGUGGACCAAACUAACAUGCACCUGGCUCAGAUCCAGCACACACAGAGAAAGAAGGAAGUUUACACCAACAUUCCAGAUGAGAGUUUCUUCUCCCAGUUUAAUACAUCCAGCAGAUAGAAAUCUACAUUAUACAACAUCACAGUCUGAACUACAGCAAGAAAUGCAAUAAACAUCCUCUCCGAUUCAAAA